CGACGUCAGCCGCCAAACGUCAAACGUCAAACGGCGCGCGUGCGCCGCGACAACCGCCAUCUGCCAACCGCGAGUCAAUCUGUCGGCCUGACUGAUGACUGUCUGAUCACUGAUGACUGACCAGACAGACGUCCGCCGAUGCCGGCCUGCGGGCAUGCCCGCUAUGUAGCCAGAGGCCCGAUCCGCGCGCUGCGUGUUUCCUCUAGCCCGUUUGCGCUUGGCAUGGCGGUGCAUGGUGCUCGAUACUGGAGUCGCGUCGGACAAGCCGGGGCUGGGCAAAGCAGGGCAGGGCAGGGCAGGGCAGAAGGCCCCUUUGGCCCUGCUGUUGGUUGCAGUUGCGUGGUUUGGUUUGGCAGCAGCAGGGUUUGGCUCGCGUCGUGUCGUGCAAGCCAAUGGGUGCACGGCGGGAAAGAUAGCCGCCCGGGAUCGUGCGUCGCGUCGCCGUACGUGCUGUGUGCCCCCCGCCGUCAGAGCAGAACAGAGCAGCAGUGCGUGCCUCGCUCGGCCGGGUCGCCGACAAGCCGUCGCCGACCGUGACUACCUACGCACUCUGUACCUAAGCGUACAUACAUACAUUCAUCCACACACACACAUAGGUAUAGAGUGGUUUUUCACUUGUCUUGCGCAGCGAGCGACAAGGGGAGGGCCUUCUGACCGCGCAGCUCGCCGCGCUAAAAAAAAUACCGGCGAGGUUUGGUCUGCGGUACUUGCGUACGCGGUAACUCGGUUGGCUUUCGUCGUGUCUCUCUACCUAGCAACAUGAUUCCACCCUAGCACAUAGCACAUAGCACAUAGCAGCGCGGUCCUCCUGACCGUCGACGCGGCUGGUGACUCGGUGCUGCUGCUGCUGCUGCUUCUUCUUCACGACGUUGACGUCGUCGGCCCGCUGCUAGGUACUAGGUGGAC